AGCCGAAGAUAUUGGUGAAAAAAUAACGGUUUUGUAGAGUAAACCACAGUCGUUCGAUUCAUUCAUUCACUUUCUCUCUCCUCUUCGUCUUCUUCCUCUCAACGCAACGCUUUCUCUCAUUUCGACGUUAUCAUCAUCUUCAUUUCAUUUCAAGAUUAAAUAUAAUUACUGGUAAUUCUUUUGCUUGGAAGUUGCAGAAUUAACAAAUUAACAGUGCUUGGCAGGUUGUAUAUGGAUGAAAGGUGUUCGUUAGAAGUGUGUAAGAUAUUGGUUUUAUUCAUAUUCAUAUAAUGUUUUGUUGAAACAUUAUUCUGUCGUGUCAAUGGCUGCUGAUCAGAGGAGGAAACGUGUAAAUGGGGCAAGCAUUGUCGGUUAUGGUUCUAAGGAGCAACACAAGACCAAAAGAAAGAAUCUGGGUCUAGUCCAAAAUGACAUGAGAGCUCACAUCUCUGUUGAAUGGGAUAACAACCAGAAAAGAGUUGUUGCCAAACGUGAACAAAUUGGUAUCAGUUGGAGACAAAUGAAACCGUUUGUCAAUCAUGUUACUAAUGAUCAUAAAGUCUUGGCAGAUGUGGUUACAGUGCCUGAAGAAAUAUUUGACUUGGAUAAUCUGAGUGAAGUGCUUUCAUAUGAGGUUUGGAAUACGCAUCUUUCAGAAAAUGAGAGAAACCAUCUUAUGAAUUUUCUCCCUAGAGGCAUAGAGCCACAUCAAGCUGUGGAAGAUUUGCUAGCUGGGACCGACUUUGACUUCGGAAGUCCCGUUUUGAAUUGGGGCGCUUCAGUUUGUUCUGGCGAUCUUCAUCCAGAUAUAGUUGUUGGCCAGGAACAGCAUCUGAAGUCUCAGAAGAGAGCAUACUACAGACAGUUGCAUAAUUAUCACAAUGAUAUGAUAGGGUUUCUAUCCAAGUUGAAGGAGAGGUGGCAAAGCUGCAGAGAUCCAGAAAAUGAAAUUUUGCAGAAGAUGUGGAGACCAAAGCAUGUUCAGAAAAGAAUGCCCUCAAAUGUGAAUGAAUCUAGAGUUUACGAUCAUGAUGGGAAUGUCACAGUGACAUCUGAGUCAUGCUCCUGGGAUACAGAUGAGAAAGCAGGCAGUAGUGACUACCUAAUUUCUUCAUUGAGAAGAGAUGAUAAAUUUCCGAGAAAGGUGUUUGAUAAAGGCACUAUGAAAGGUAAAUCUGGAAAUUUGAUGCUUACUUCAGAUGGCAUGCACAUUAAAGGAGGGAAAAAACCCAAGCAAGGAGACAAAGUACUCAAGCGUAACAUUCAUUUUAUUGAGGGCGAAAAAUACAUGUCAUGUAUCAAGAUUAGUAGGCAGCAGCAUGAACUUGUUAAGAGUAUGAAGCAAUCUGGUAAAAGCAUCCAAUCUAAGUCCCUUAACCGUGUUUUGGGCGACCUCAAUAACAUUCAUGUGCAGCCAUACAAAGUAUUUGUCGAAGAAGAAGAAAAGAAGUUGCAUGAGCAUUGGUUGCAAUUGGUGAUGAAAGACCUCCCUGUGGCAUAUGCAAACCGGAUGCAGAGACAGAUACAAAGAGAUGCAAUCAGGAAUGCUUUGGUGGAAGAGAUGAACGACAAAUCAACUCCAAUCUCCGAGGAAGAGGAUAAUGUGAGCUUGGGAAGGGAGCUUCAGGAUCAGGACGAGGCCAUGAGCUUGGGGGGAGAAUCUAGGGAUCAGAAUGAAGAUAAUAUAAUCCCAGUAGAGGAUCAGUAUGAAGAUGUGAGCUCUGGGAGCGAACUUCAUGAUCAAGAUGAGGAUAAUAUAAUCCCAGUAGAGGAUCAGAAUGAAGAUGUGAGCUCAGGGAGCGAACUUCAGGAUCAAGAAAAGGAUAAUAUAACCCCACUUGAGGAUCAGAUUGAAGAUGUGAGCUCAGGGAGCAGACUUCAGGAUCAAGAUGCGGAUAACAUGAGCUCAGGGGAUGAGCUUCGGAAUGUGGUGGAGGAGGCAGGAGGUUUAAAUGAAGAGUCUAACUUGAAAGAUUAUGAGGAUUCUGUUGUUAGGGCUCCAGAGAUUCGGUCCUCACAUAAUUCUUUCUCUAGCUGUGACGAUGAUUUCAAUCAAGUGAGUAUGGAUUCUGAAAAGAACAUUGUUUUAUCAAAACCGGAUGAUACCUCACUGAAUAAAGAUGAGUAUCCAAGGAAUAUGAGCACUCAGGAUGUUUCUACCGAUGAAGGAGUGCCUUUCACUCCUGGAAGUGCUGUCUGGCAAUCAGUUGAAAUGCCACAUUCAUACUAUGACUCGGCUGUGACUCGAAAACACCCAGCUAGUGGGUUAUCACAGGCUAACUCUCAAGUCAAUGAAGAUCAAAGAAUCGACGUGAUUGAUCUUGAAGCUGAUGAUUUGUGUCAAGAAGAGACGGGUAAGGAGUUGCUGCAUGGGCAUUUGGACAAUGGGACCUCCUUUAGUUCUUACGAAAGCCAAGAUCGAAGUGCCUUAAUUCAUUCUCUCUUCAAUGGAGAGGGGCUGUUAUCAUAUCCACAUGAACAAAAAGGAACCCCGUUGGAUUUCCAGACUUCAAACAACGUUAUGACGGGGGAUGGCCAAUGUUCUGGUCAUUUCACGCAGCCUUUGCAAAUGCCGCUGACAUUGGACCCAGGGCAGAGGAGAGCUACUGAGGUUUACAUGCCACAAAGUAUGUCGGAGAAUAUUCAUUCCAAUGCAGUUGGAAGGUACUUAAUCCCCAGGCAAGACCCAUUCAUCCCAAGGCAAGAUUCAUUGACUUCUGUAAACGUAACUGAUUGGGCUGCUAAUACCGCUUGCAUGGCGGCGCCAUCCCAAUCUCACUUGAACACGGGAAAUUUUAUUGGUCAUCAUUGGCCCCCAGCUGACCAUCAAAUUCGCGGUGUCUGGAACGGAACCAAUGGCAGCAGUCUUUCAAGUCAAAAUGUUGGCACCGGCGUGAACACUGAUCAGAACUUAUUUAGUAUUCUAUCACAGUGUAACCAAUUACGGCCCGGUAGCUCUUAUGAUCCAGUCAGAAACACUGACCAGUUUCUUGCACCGAGAACUUACGGAAUAGAUGCAGGCACUUCCAGGGUUAAUCCUGCUGCUUUACCACAGACUUCACAUCCAUCAGAUUUCUUCCCCGGACGUGAGACGGUGGCACCUAGUGCACUGGUGCCUGAUGACAUGUCAUGGAUGAAUUUGCAACAUCCAAAUCCUCCUGCAUUACAUGAUCCUUUGGGAAGGCCGUAUUUAAGGCCAUGGAACCGGUAAUGGACGUUUCACCCCAUGUGGUAGCAUUUUGUUAGUUAAGCGAGAUCCUUAGAAGCUGGGUUUACAUACCCUUAGAUGAGAAGGUUUGUGUACAUACCUAUACCAACUACACCAUGUACAUAUCUCCAUCUAGAUAUUAGAUGGGAAGAAAAGAAGCCGAGGGAAGGGUUAAGAUAAGCUUCAAGAAUUUCAUGUUGUUAGUCAAGUUGCAUAUUUUAUUCUUAAAUUCUAUUUAUUUUUCCUUGUUUUUGGAGAGACAUUCUUUAAUAAUUUUGGAAGCUAAGAAAUUCUGGAGGCUGGUGCCUCUAUUUUGAGACAAAAUAAAGUUUUAGUACUUGUGACAUUUUUUAUUAGCAAAGGUUGAUGUUUUUAUGGUAGAAA